GUGAGAUGGACAAAUUUUCAAGCACUGGAUACGAACCAUGUUAUAAUUGUCCAACUGGUAGUAAUAGUAGUAUCAGUGGUAGUAAGAAUUGUACCAGACUUAUUGUACAACCUCCUUCUCCUGUUGAUUAUUGUGUGAAUUCUCCGUGUGGGAUACAUCAGUGUCAAUCCAAGUCUAAUAAUUACGUGUGUGUUUGUAAUAUGGGUUACCGUGGUAAUACCUGUCAAACGCCUCUAGAUCCAUGUACAUCUCAUCUGUGUAAAAAUGGCGGAACGUGUAUCAGUAACCCAUCUGCAAAUGCGUAUACAUGUUCCUGUACGGAAGCCUAUGGAGGACAAUAUUGCGAUCAAGAAAAAGCAUCAAGUGCAUCACAGUGGGGUGAAUGGCAGUUUUGGGAUCCAUGUAGUGCUAGUGAUUGUGGUGAAGGUGUUGAAACUAGAACACGUGUUUGUGUUUUUGACACAAAUCAAACACCCUGUAGUGGUAGUUAUGACGAUAGUCGUCACUGUAAUCUACCUAGCUGUCAAGAUUGUUCUUCCAAUGAUCUUCAAUUUCCAGCUGGCACAAAGGUAACAUGCUCCAGUGUAGGAUCUAAUUUAACAUGUACUGUUAGUUGUGAUGCCGAUUAUGAAUACAACUCUUCACUACCUGUGCAUACAUGUUCUAAUGGUGUUUGGUCUCCAGGAAGGGCGGUAACUCCCUGUGAUCGAUCAGCAGGCUGGUCUGUUUGGUCUAACUGGACAAGAUGUUUAUCAUGUAAUGACAGUCGUACCAGAAGUAGAAGUUGUAACAGUCCACCAUCUUCAGCCAGUGUACAGCCAUGUUCUGGUUCAAAUACCGAAACAAUGCCAUGUACUCAAGAUCAAGAACUGGGCUGUUCAGACUGUAAUGAAUCCGAUCUUGUAGCUGCUUCGGGUGCUGAAGCCAACUGUACUGGUACUGCUUCUAGUAUGACGUGCGAAGUUUUGUGUAGUCCCGGUUUAGUCUGUCUUGAGAUACCACCAGUUUAUCGCUGUAACUAUGGUUACUGGACGCCCUCAAAACAGUUGAUACCAUGUACAAGUACUGUUCCGGCACAAUCCGUGAGUCUUACUUUUACAGCUACUUAUCCUAGUGUAUCCUGCUCUAACCAGACGCUGAUGAAUUCCAUAAAACAACAGCUUGAACAGAAGACACUUAUUCUAGAUUGUCUUAAUAAAUCCUUAUGUUCUGUAAAUAUUAAUACUGAUUGUAACAGUAAUAUAAACACAGGGAGAAAGAGGCGCGCCACUGGUGAUACCAUUGUUAACAUGGCUCUUACAUCCCAACAAAAUGUGGGGAAUUUAGAUUUGGACCAAUACGUCAACAAUGGCCAAGUAAGUUCCACUUUACAACAGCUUGUAACUUCUUUGGAUACCAUGGAUAAAUCCGCCCAGCAGAUUAAAGAUGACAGUUCUUUCUUUAGUGUAAAUACAGACAAUGGUCCCACUUUACCAGGUAGUAUAGAAGCGAACGGUGUCAUCAGUUGUACUGGACAAUCUAUCAGUCUGGCUGGAGUGUGCAUUGAAUGUCCACCUGGAACCCAUCAUAACGGAAGUAGUUGUGUAUUGUGUGAAAGCGGAUCCUACCAAGAGUUGUCUGCCCAGAGUUCGUGUAAGCCAUGUCCAAAUAGUGGAACAACAGUCACGGUUGGCUCCUAUGGAAUCAGCCAGUGUACAGGGGUUUCUACUUCCAUUGCACCAUGUGAUGAUAAUAUGCUGAUUGCUAUAAUAGUACCUAUUGUGUUGGUUAUAUUAAUCGUUGUAAUCGCUAUUCUGGUAUAUAUUUACAAGAAAAAGAAGGGAAAUGCAAAAAUUUCUGAUGAAGAAAAUAAAGAAUUGAAAUAUAAUGGAAAUGGGAAUGGAGCAAAGUCCAUGAGAUCAGGAUCAAUUAUCAAAGUACAUCGGGGAUCAUCUGUGGCCCCAUUGUCAACGACUAAAUGAAUCAAGCUUGACGAUUAGAAAUACAAGAAAAUGAUUUAUUAUAGCUAGCGGGAAUACUUUAACAACGGUUACAAAUUUCAAUACGUGUGGUUACAAAUUUCACAGACGACAACAGCACCCACCAUUUAUUAUAAGAUAUAUUUCUCGUUACGGUUGUAGAUAAACUGCAUUUUUAAUUUUACAGUCAAUUAUCAACUGACAGUUUUAUGUCAGAAUACAAUAAUUUUGUUGCUAUUUAAUAUUUGUAUCAAAAAGAUAUAGCAUUUCCAAUUGAGAUAGUUUAAUUCAAUAAAAGUUUAUUAUUA